AAGUUGAAUCUUUCCCAUCACAAGCCCUCCCUCUUUCUCUCUUCUUUCACUUUGCCCUAAUUUCUUCAAAACUUUGCAGCAAUUUUUCAUCAUCAUCAGACAGUUUUUGAAUUGGUUGAGGAUUUUAUGUCCUUGUGAUGGCUUCCAAGAAGAUAAUUGCAAUAUGUCAAUCUGGAGGAGAGUUUGUGACAAACAAUGAGGAUGGUUUUUUGACAUAUAUAGGUGGAGAGGCUUAUGCUUUGGACAUCAAUGACCAGACAAUUUUGGCUGAAUUUAAGAAAGAAGUAGCAGAGAACUUUCAGCGUGGCAUUGAAGGAAUGACUGUAAAAUAUUUUCUUCCUGGGAAUAAGAAAACUCUCAUCACUAUUUCUAAAGAUAAGGACCUCAAGCGUAUGAUGAAUUUUAUCAAGGAUUCUGACCAAGUUGAGAUCUUCAUAAUUUAUGAUGAAGCUGUUGUGAAAAAUGUACCCAAUGUCUCUGCUAGUAGGUCAACAACUGCGUCAGAGGCAGCUCUUACUCCUGCUACCCCUGUGGAUAUGAUUCAUUGUGAUGAUCUGCUUGGUGUUGAUGCUUCCAUUGAUACUACUCCCCUGUGUACGUAUCCAGGAAGCAAUGAUGAGAAUAAUGAGAAGCAACGCAGAGCAGCUACGCAAUGGGAGAACACAAUAACGGACGUGGGUCAAAGGUUCAGUAGUUUUGCUGAAUUCCGUGAAGCUCUGCAUAAAUACUCAAUUGCCCAUGGAUUCACUUAUAGGUAUAAGAAAAAUGAUAGUCGCAGGGUAACUGCUAAAUGCAAGGUUGAAGGAUGUUCUUGGUGCAUAUAUGCAUCAAGGUUGCCUACCACUCAGCUAAUAUGUAUCAAGAAAAUGAAUGCAAAGCAUACAUGUGACGGAGCUGCUGUUAAAGCUGCAUACCGGUCAACAAGGGGAUGGAUGGGAAGUAUUAUAAAGGAAAAGUUGAAGGUUGCUCCAAACUACAAGCCCAAGGAUAUAGCAAAAGAUAUUGAGCGUGAAUAUGGCAUUCAGUUGAACUAUUCUCAGGCAAGACGUGCAAAAGAGAAGGCACGAGAGCAGCUUCAAGGUUCAUUCAAAGAGGCGUACAGUCAGUUACCUUUAUUCUGUGAGAAAAUUAGAGAAACUAAUCCUGGUAGUGUUGCUACAAUUGCCACUAAGGAGGACUCAAGUUUCCAUCGCUUGUUUAUUGCAUUUCAUGCCUCAAUAUCUGGUUUCCAACAAGGUUGCCGGCCUCUUCUUUUCCUGGACAGCACUCUUCUCUAUGCGAAGUAUCAAGGUACUCUUUUGGCUGCCAUAGGUAUAGAUGGGAAUGAUGGCGUUUUCCCAGUAGCCUUUGCAGUUGUAGAUGAGGAGACCAAUGACAACUGGCAGUGGUUUCUUUCAGAACUAAAAUCUGCUGUCGCAACGUCCUGUCCAAUAACUUUUGUUUCUGAUUUCCAAAGAGGGAUAAGAGAGUCUUUGCAAAAUGUCUUUGGUGAAGAGUGCUACCACGGCUAUUGUCUGCAUUAUCUUGCAGAGAAACUAAAUAAUGAUUUAAAAGGGCAGUUUUCACAUGAAGCCAGACGCCUUAUGAUCCAAGAUUUAUGUGCUGCUGCUUUUGCCCCAAAGCUUGAGUCAUUUGAGCGCUGUGUUGAGAAUAUAAAAGCUAUCUCACCUGAAGUUUACAAUUGGGUCUCUAGAAGUGAGCCUGAACACUGGGCAAAUGCCUUUUUUGGUGGGGCAAGGUAUGGCCACUUGAUGUCCAACUUUGGGAAGCUUUUCCAUGAUUGGGUAGCGGAGUUGAAUGAGCUGCCAAUAACUCAAAUGGUCGAUGGGUUACGAGGUAAAGUAAUGGAAUUGAUUUAUGCUAGGCGUGUUGAAUCCAGUCAGUGGGUUACUACAUUGACACCUUUGAUGGAACAGAAACUUCAAAUUGAUGCAUCAAAAGCGAGGUCACUUCAUCCAUUACCCUCACAUGGCAGCACUUUUGAAGUUCGUGGUGAAUCUGUCGAAGUAGUUGAUAUUGAUCAAUGGGAUUGUAGUUGCAAAGAGUGGCAGCUUAAUGGAUUGCCUUGUUGCCAUACUAUUGCUGUUUCUGAAUACCUAGGAAGGAGCCCCUAUGAUCUUUGCUCCCGAUACUUCUCAACUGAGAGUUACCAUGCAACAUAUGCUGAAUCAAUUAACCCCAUACCUCAUCUGGAAAAACCAAUUAAAGGUGAACCAGAUAUGGAGCAUAUGGUCAUAGUUGUUACACCUCCACCAACAAAACGUCCACCUGGUCGACCAAAGAUGAAAAAGGCAGACACUUUUGACAUAGUCAAACGUCAGAUGCAGUGCAGCAAGUGUAAGGGCCUAGGCCACAAUAAGAAGACGUGCGGGAAGGUGAAUAAUAUUGAUGAACAAGAUCCUCUACUUCUCAAUGGCUUGAUAACAGUAGAACUUGAAGAAACUGCAGUAUCCAUGGAAUUGGAAUCUUCCCUUCCAAUGUAGUUAACAACUCAUAUAUUUAGAUACAUUUCAUAGAUACAACAUAUCAUUUAGCACAAGAGUUGAUAGAAAGUGCUGACCUUUUUUGUUAGUCAGACUUUUUUUUUUGUUUAUAAAGUUGUGCUUUAAUUUGU